GAACGCUUAGCGUAACUAUUUGGCUCGUACACAACUCUAAAUACAAGGAGAAACUAACUACAUAUGUCGCUGCAUUUUGUCGGAUGGAGGUGGACCGGGCUUGAUCAAGAGGAGAAACAUUGUAUCAGAGAUGUUAGCUAUAAUGGCGUUCAAAAGCCGAUGAACAUAGCCGCCACACCAACAAAACGUCCGGUACAAGCUUCGGCCCGCAUGUCUGACAUGCAUCUCACGGUGGUAGCCUCCUGUGGUCCCAAUCAUCCUCGAGACAGGAUCACAGGAUACCGGUCUCAUGUCGAUGACGCAGGCGAUGAAAUCCAAUUGAAUGACGCAGGCGGCGAGGAAGGCACAACAUAACAAUGUCAAGCAAUACAACAUAGCUGCAGUCAUAGGUGGGGCUGGAGAGGAUCUCGGAAUAAUCAGUCUGCUCGAGAACAAGACCACUUAGACAAGGAAGUUGAUUGUAGGUUCCACUCGGCUUGAUUCGGCGUAGGAAGAAGCAGCAGCGAAAUAUAUUCGACCCACACAG